AUGGGCUUCGACAGAGCUCCCCCGAGAAAGCGCCGUCGCGAACCGUACAAUGUCGACGUGAAGCUCGUCGAGAUCUAUGAGGAUCUCGCCAGCGAGAAGGACGAGAUUCGGCUGCGCGCUGCGCAGGGCCUUGUCUCGCAGUUUACCCCCGAUAAGGAACCGGCCGACGACCAAAUCAAGAAGACUCUUCAACGGCUUUUCCGCGGUCUCUGCAGUAGCCGAAAGGCCGCUCGCAUUGGAUUCUCCAUUGCGCUGACGGAGAUCUUGACGCAGAUUUUCUCGGGUUCCAGGGAGUCUGCUGAGUUUGGGAUCUCAGAUGUGCUGAAGAUUUGGGAGUCGCAGUCUAGCUCCUCCGGUAGCGAGACAGGACAGGAACAACGCGAUCACCACUUUGGUCGCCUUUUCGGCGCAGAGGCAAUUAUCAAGUCCGCUAUCCUCUUCCAACCCUCCGUACCGUUCUCCGAAUGGACCAAGGUCCUCGAUCUCGUCUUCGAACUUGCCCACAAGAAGCCGUGGCUACGAGAGGAAUGCGGCUGGAUCAUUUACCGCUGCGUCUAUGAUAUCUCUGCGCGCAAGAUGGACGCCAAGUUUGUCGAGGCUGCGGUGGAGCGCUUGUGCUCGCAUGACCUGGCCCGCUCCCCAGAAGGUGUUACCAUCUGGCUGGCUGCGAAGGACAUGUUUCCCAAGGCCGACUUCCCCAGCAAGGUCUGGAAGCACGAUGACCCAUUGGACCCAAAGGAGCGCACUAGCUUGUCAAAAAUCCUGAAGGAGUCGUCUGCUGAGCAGAUGGAAGGCGAGAACAAGGGGAACAAGUCCUCUGGCGUGUGGUCUUCUAAGCUUCAUUUCGCCUGGGAUGCAGUCAUUUCGCGCACCAGCGUUUCUGAGGAUGGCAGCUCCAAGACCAAGAGCAAAUCCAAGUCCAAGUCUACCCGGUUGACCUUCGUUGACUUCUGGACUGAGGUUGUGGACAACGGGUUGUUUGCCUCUUCAUCCUCGGAUGAGCGCAAGUACUGGGGCUUCCUGCUCUUCAACAAGGUCUUGAAUGAGGGUUCUCCCCAGCAAGUACCCCACAUCUUCACAAAGAACCUCGUGCGAUGCCUCAUGAAUCAGCUCGCAGUUGAGGAUCGCUACUUGCACCGGAUGGCCGCCAAGGCCACCAAGGCAAUCCAAACCCGUGUGUCUAAGGAACCCGGUUUCGCCGCCGCUGCAGUCCGCGGUCUGAUGGCCACCAGUGGUACUGUCAACUUCGACCAAGCGACUAAGACCAAAACAGUCGAGAAGAUCGUGGCCGACGCCAACAGCGAUGCUCUGCAGGAGAUUGUCCCUCUGUUCGAGAAGCUCAUCCGCAGCCCCGGUACUAGCGAUGAGAAAGCCGCGGCGUCGAACCGCCAGUUCGUUGCAGGUCUUCUUCUGUCGAUUGUGCGCGCGAAAGCCUCGACUGGAAAUAGCGACUCCGAGGAGGACUAUCAGAUGGUUCUCGAGCAGAUUCUGUCCGUCUUCGUGCGAUUUGCGUACUUCAUGGAUAGCGCGCCGGAGCCCGCACUGUCCCAUGCGACCCAGGAGCUGCUGCGCAACCGAAUCAUUUCUUCUCUGAACAGUCUUCUUGCGUCCCAGCAAUACGCCGCAACUAUUCCGUACGCCGUGGUGCGCCAAAUUCGUGAUGGCGCCAAGUCCGAGGAAUUCGGCAAGUUCAUCAUCAACAUGGAUGAUAAGUUGCAGGACUCAGUGAAGGCCGCCUUCAAGUCAUUGAAGAAGCUUUCUAGCAAGGAGAAGAAGGGAGAAACUACCAGCAUUGCCGCCUUCAAGUUGCUCUACUCCCUGACCGUUUUGCAGGUGUAUAGCGGUGAUGCCGACGCCGUGUCUAUGCUCGACGAGCUGGAGUUCUGCUAUUCCAAUUUCGUAGGCGAUGACUCGAAGGACAAAGAUACUUCCGACGCCUCGGAUGCGCUGGUUGAAAUUCUCCUGAGCUUUGCCUCUAAGCAGUCGCAGCUGUUCCGCCGAAUGAGCGAGCAAGUCUUUGGCGCUUUUGCUGACCAGGUCACUGAAAAUGGCUUGGAGUCGUUGAUUUCGAUUCUGGAAGCCAAGGAGAGCCUGGCCGGUCAGCAGGAGAUGUUUGAAGAGCAGGACGAUGACGACGAUGUUGAGGAGGAGGAAGAUGGUGAGUCAGACGAGGAUGGCGACGAUGUUGAGAUGAUCGAUGUCGAUGAGGAGGACAGCGAUGUCGAAGUUGUGCUAGGCGGGGGUGCCUCCGACGACUCCGGAUCUUCAGACGAAGAGGAAGAGGAGAACGAGGAGGAUGCCGCCGAAGUUGCCGAGUUCGAGGCAAAGCUCGCUGCUGCGCUGGGCACCCAUCGCGCAGAGGAAUCCGACUCAGACGCCGAUAUGAACGACGAUGAGAUGGACGAAGUCGACGAGAAGCUCGCCAACGUUUUCCGCGCCCGUCGCCAAGCCGUCUCCCAGCACAAAGACAAGAAGGACGCACGCGAGAACAUGAUCAACUUCAAGAACCGCGUCCUAGACCUACUAGAGAUCUUCGUGAAGAAGUGCCACUCCCGUCUUCUCGCCCUGGACCUGCUCCUCCCUCUUCUCCGACUCACCCGCCGCUCCGCCGUGAAGCAGAUUGCGAACAAGGCCAACACCGUGCUGCGCGAGUAUACCAAGCUGUGCAAGGGCAACGCGCUCCCCAAGAUCGACGGCGAGUCUGGACCGGAGUCUCUCUUCGAGCUUCUGCGCGCUAUUCACAAGGAGGCAAGCCACAGCGGACCCACCGCACACGCGACUGCCUGCAGCCAGGCUUCGCUCCUUGUGGUCAAGGUCUUGGUUGGACAUGACAAGGCUGAGAUUGCGGGCGUGGUGGAUGUGUACGCUGAGACGCGGAAGGCUCAGCUGAUUAGCACCAAGUGUCAUAUUCAGCCGUCGUUUUUCACGGACUGGAACAACUGGUGUGUGUCGGCGAGCAAGCAGUUGAAGAAUUAG